AUGCUCCAGAGUGUGCAAGGCGAACAGUUAGCUAAUUUGCAUGCGUUCCGACCGAACGUCGAAGUCCAAACUUCAUUUAUGUCUGCUCUUUUUUUUUGUCUGAACGUCGACGGAGACCGCACAGACCUCGACGAGUGUUCCGGAGCCGCCAACGUCUCAUUUGUUGACGCGACGCCGUGCCGUCAGCUUUUUAUAUCCUCAGCUGUGCGUGGUUGCUAA